AUGCGCGACGAUGAUGAUGCUGAGGCCGAAGAGGAGUUCACCUUCUCGACUCAGCUCAGAAAGGUAAGAGGGUACAACGAAUUCGCAGCUAGCGAGCCUCCGAGCGCUCUAUCCAAGCUCAUAGACCAGCUCAAGGAGCCGCUUAUCCUCCUGCUGCUCGGUAGCGCUGUGGUCAGUCUGUUGCUGGGCGAGGUGGGAGACGCUGUGUCGAUUGUCCUUGCCGUCGCAAUCGUCGUAGCAGUGGCUCACAUUCAAGAGCAAAGAUCCUCAGAGUCAUUAGCAGCCCUCAGCAAGCUUGUACCACAUUACUGCCACCUCGUCCGAGACGGCGUCACAUCUCACGUCUUAGCCAACGAGCUGGUGCCGGGAGACAUCGUAACCUUUUCAACAGGUGAUCGAGUACCCGCCGACGUCCGCAUCAUCGAGUCCGUCCAGCUCGAGACGGACGAGAGCCCUCUAACGGGAGAGAUCAAGCCCAGACGCAAAACGACAGACGCCCUUGGACCCUCGACCUCCAUCUCUGAACGCGACAAUACGGCUUUCAUGGGAACACUGGUCAAGUCAGGUUCCGGACGAGGUGUCGUAGUUGCUACAGGUCCACAGACAGAAUUUGGCGCCAUCUUCGCCAUGGUGGACGAGGUGGUCGAGCAACGUACGCCGCUGCAGCUGAGCAUGGACGACCUGGCAAAGAAGCUCAGCAUGGCUAGUUUUGCCAUCAUCGGCGUCAUUUGCUUGCUGGGUCUUUGGCAAAGGAGAGGUGCGCUGGAGAUGUUUACCAUCGGCGUAUCUCUCGCUGUUGCGGCCAUUCCUGAGGGCUUGCCCAUCGUUGUCACCGUCACUCUGGCGCUGGGCGUGCUGCGCAUGUCGCAUCGCAAGGCCAUUGUCAAACGACUGCCUUCAGUUGAGACACUAGGCUCCAUCUCCGUCAUCUGCUCGGACAAGACGGGCACCUUGACGACGAACAAGAUGACCGUCUGCGAGCUCUGGACACUAGAGGACGGCAAGAUCGAUGCCAAGGAGCUGCCCGACUCCCCCUCGCCUUCCCUCGCUCGUACACUCCUCGUUGGCAAUCUCUGCAACAACGCGCGUCGAGAUGAGAAGGGCGAAUACGUGGGCCAAGCAACAGACGUAGCAAUGGCCAGCGUGGUAAGGCACGAUGCGCGCGGCUCUUUUACACGGACGGCCGAAAUGCCCUUCAGCUCAGAGACAAAGUGGAUGUCAGUCACUGGUACCCUGACCGUCCCGCCUUCAGCAGCCAACAUUGGGCAAGGCAGCACGACUUACACAAAGGGAGCAGUUGAGGCCGUCUUAGAACGAGCGCCUCAUGCUCAAACUGCUGAGAUUCGCCGUGCAGCAGAUGAGAUGGCCAAGCGAGGGCUACGUGUUCUGGCCUGCGCCGUAGGUACCACCUUCUGUGGAUUGCAAGCCGUACAAGAUCCUCCUCGCCAGGGCGUCAGAGAAUCAAUAGCAGAGCUUCGUCGCUCCGGUAUCCAGAUCAUCAUGAUCACAGGCGACGCCGAGCCCACCGCAAACGCUAUAGCGCGUCAAGUAGGCAUUGACGGAGGUGCAUCCAUGCUUGGCUCGCAGAUUGACUCGAUGUCAGAGCGCCAGCUCCAAGAGAGCAUCGACCGUGUCUCCGUCUUCGCUCGCACCACCCCGCGCCACAAGAUGAGCAUCGUCCGCGCUCUCCAGUCGAACGGGCACGUAGUCGCCAUGACAGGAGACGGAGUCAAUGAUGCGCCUGCCCUCAAGCUAGCAGACAUCGGCAUUGCCCUCGGCCGCGGGGGCAGUGACGUGGCCAAAGAGGCAAGCGACGUCAUCCUCGUAGACGACAACUUUGCCACAAUCCUUCCAGCAGUAGAAGAGGGCAAGGGCAUCUUCUACAACAUUCAGAACUUCCUAGCAUUCCAGCUCUCAACGGCAGUGGCGGCACUGAGUCUCAUCACUCUGUCAACGGCGGCGGGGCUCAAGCUUCCCUUGAACCCUAUGCAGAUCCUCUUCAUCAACAUUCUAAUGGAUGGGCCUCCAUCACAAUCGCUCGGAGUGGAUCCAGUGGACAGGGCGGUGGUGAUGCGUCGCAGGCCGAGGAGAAAGGAUGCGCCCGUACUCACACGCAGGGUGUUGAUGCGCGUGCUGUUCUCGGCGACAAUCAUCGUCCUCGGCACGCUCUACAUCUACGUCGCGGAGCUUACGGACGACGGCUUCGCGGACGAACGCGAUCAGACUAUGACUUUCACCGCCUUCGUCUUCCUCGACCUCACUUCCGCUGUGCAGAAUCGUGGGCUUACCACCACCCUCACGGGGAACAGAAUGCUUACUCUUACUGUAAGCGUCAGCUUGGUCAGUCAGCUGCUGCUUGUGUACUUCCCACCACUGCAGGGGGUAUUCAAGACUACGAGUCUGGGGCUUGGGGAUCUGACUUUGCUAGUGGUCAUCGCCGGCUUGGGCUUCGCGGCGCAUGAAGGACGAAGGAGGUGGGAGAGGCAGAGGGCAGACGAGGAGGAUGGCCAGGAUGCGGCUGAUGGCUGGGGCGGGCUCGCAGUAGCCUAG